UGAUUAUUUUCCUGUUUAAUUAAGAAUGAAACUAAGUGAGCUCUCAAAAUCAACAGAACAACAACAUACGACAAUGGCCGCUAAGUUUAUCUGCAGCCUUCACAAUGAGAAACUUAGCCUGUUCUGCCUGGACGAUCAGCAGACGGUGUGUCUGGUGUGUCGGGAUUCAAAAAAACACACCAACCACAAAUUCUUCCCCAUCGAUGAGGCAUUAACAGACUUUAAGGUGGAGUUCAAAACUACAUUGAAGUCUCUACAGGAAAAACUAAAGAUCUUUAAAGACUGUGAACUAAACUGGACUCAGACUUCAGAAUACAUAAAGAUUCAGGCCCAACACACAGAGCGUCAGAUUAGGGAGGAGUUUGAGAAGCUUCACCAGUUUCUACGAGAUGAAGAGGCAUCUAGGAUUGCUGCACUGAGAGAGGAAAAGGAGCAGAAGAGUCAGAUGAUGAAGGAGAAGAUCGAGAAGCUGGGCAGAGACAUAUCAUCUCUUUCAGACACAAUCAGAGCCAUAGAAGAGGAAAUGAGAGCUGAAGAUGUUUCUUUCUUACAAAAAUACAAGUCCACAGUGAAAAGAGCCCAGUGCACACUACAGCAUCCAGAGGAGCUUUCAGGAGCACUGAUCCAUGUGGCAAAACAUCUGGCCAACCUGAAGUUCAGAGUCUGGAAGAAGAUGCAGCACACUGUUCAAUACACACCUGUAACUCUGGACCCCAACACUGCUCAUACGAAAGUCAUUGUAUCCAAUGAUCUGACCAGUGUGAGAUUCAGUGAUGAAAAACAGGAGUGUCCUGAUAAUCCAGAGAGAUUUGAUGGAUUGCAAUGUAUCCUGGGCUCUGAAGGCUUUAACUCUGGGACACACUGCUGGGAUGUUGAAGUUGAAGACUCUACACUGUGGUUAGUGGGUGUGAUGACAGAAUCUGCUCAGAGAAAAGGAGAUAUAACUUCCAGAAGUGGACUCUGGUAUCUUAGGUAUAAUGAUAGUGUAUUUCGAGCACGUUCUACACCACAACCUUCCAAUAUCCUCUCAGUAGUGUGCAAACCCCAGAGGAUCAGAGUGCACCUGGACUGGGACAGAGGAAUGCUGUUAUUCUUUGACCCUGUCACUAACACACACCUACACACUUUCUCCCACAGAUUUACUGAAAAAAUCCUGCCAAUUCUAGCUGUUGCUUGUAAAGACUUUUCUCUAAAAAUCCUCACAAUUCCGUGCUCUGUAAGAGUGAAGUGUUAGAGUUGGUUCUGAAAAGACAUGCUGUAUAUAUUUUUAUAUUUUAAUAAUUUGUAUUCUUUUGGUACAAGAAAAAGCCCUUUGUUUGGACAAGUACCUUAGAGUCAUUCUUAGAGAUUCUUAGAGUUCAGAUCAUUAUAUAAAUAAAUUUUGGCCUUGCAAGGACCUGCAAUUUGGUUAAUUUGAAUCUAUUAAAAAUACAGUGAAAUAAUUUCUAAAUUAAUUUUUUAUAGUUGGGAAAAACCUUUUUUUUUUCUACAUAGAAAAAACAUGCCUGUGUGUGUAUCCACAAUCAACUAGUCCUUGAAAAUGAAUAAAUAAUCAAGUUAAAAAUAACCCAAUUUUUUAUGCCAGGACUCAUGUUAGCUGUAAUCCUGGAAUUGGUUGUAGAUUCUUCUAGAUUAUAUACUGCAUUGAUGCUUUUAAUGAGGUAAACUCUAGAAACUCACUUUGGAUGAUUUACCUGCUCUUUAAUAAUAAAUAAUCUAAAGAAAAUUCAGCAAAAAAA